AUGUAUAAAAGAAUGGACGAGGCCCGAACACGUUUCGUCGUUAUAACGAGGCGCCAACAAUUUAUAACGAGGCCCCAAAAAAAUGGACGAGGCCCGAACACGUUUUUCGUCGCAAUGUUAAAAAGAAUGGACGAGGCCCGAACACGUUUUCUCGCCAGCAAUAAUAACGAGGCCCGAACACGUUUUCUCGUUAUAACGAAAAGAAUGGACGAGGCCCGAACACGUUUUCCUCGUUAUAACGAGGCCCCAGCAAUGUAUAAAAAGAAUGGACGAGGCCCGAACACGUUUUCUCGUUAUAACGAGGCCCCAGCAAUGUAUAAAAAGAAUGGACGAGGCCCGAACACGUUUUUUUCUCGUUAUAACGAGGCCCCAGCAAUGUAUAAAAGAAUGGGACGAACACGUUUCGUCGUUAUAACGAGGCCCCAGCUCGUUAUAACGAGGCCCCAGCAAUGCGCCAGCAAUGUAUAUAAAAAGAAUGGACGAGGCCCGAACACGUUUCCUCGUUAUAACGAGGCCCCGCAAUGUAUAAAAAGAAUGGACGAGGCGAACACGUUUUCUCGUUAUAACGAGGCCCCAGCAAUGUAUAAAAGAAUGGACGAGGCCCGAACACGUUUCCUCGUUAUAACGAGGCGCCAGCAAUGUAUAAAAGAAUGGACGAGGCCCGAACACGUUUUCUCGUUAUAA